CGGACUCACAGAGAGUGAAAACGGGUGCGAGAGGAUCAGAGAGGAGGAGAGGACAGAAGAGGUUUCACCCCAAAGAAGGCUGCGUCGGAGCGAGUGCGUGAGGGGAAAGAAACGGCACAGUGUGUUCAUUCAUGUCCUCCUACCCUCCAUAGGUUUAGAGAGGUGAAUGAGGUCGGCCCUCUUCUUGGUAUCCAGAGAAAGCGUUAUCUGGGCUCCCUCCAUCUUUCUUCAGGCUGUGUGUAUCAGGCGUCCAGGUUGCACUGAGCAGGAUCUGUACUUCAUACACUGUGGAUGAGGAGGAAAAGAGAUGUCUCCAUGUAAAGAAAGCUGUUGCAGAGUUUGCAGCAGGGGCUUUUAUAGCUGCCACUGGAAGCACUCGAGCGAAAAUAAUAAAAAACAUGCAUGCUGCUGGUUCUCAGUUGUCUCUCUGGUCUCCCUGCUUGCCCUGUGUUGGAUGUACAUUUGUCUGGUUACUUUUAAUGACAGAGAGGAUGUUAACUCGAAAGGCUUCACAACGCUGAAACAGUGGGUGAACUGGUUCAUGGUGCUGAUCAUCAUUUCUGCAGUGUUAACCAGCUACUGCAUUCUGCUGCUGCUGUUUGCACUGUUCCAAGUGGCCUUAGGAGAACCACUCGACUUACAUUGGCUACACAAGAUCCUCUUAUUUUUUGGUGUGAUAUUAAUCACUUUUGGGGUCAUAGGAAUUAGUCUCAUGUGGAAACGAGAAUGGCCAAUUGUUCCUCUUUCACUCCAGGCCACAGCUCCUUUCUUGCAGUUUGGUGCUGUUGGGGCGUUGACCCUGCUGAGCCCUUUCAUCUUCCGCGGUUUCUACGCAGCCAAAGGACAAUGUUCUAAGUUCCUCAUUGCAGUGGUAUUUAUAGCGGUGUCAGCAGCCAUCUUCCUGUGUCCACUGUACAUCCAGUCUCCAUGUCUGAUAGAAGUACAUGAAUUACCUGAAAAACCGAAACUCAUUGGCCACCGGGGCGCACCAAUGCUGGCCCCUGAGAACACCAUGAUGUCGUUCGAGAGGAGCAUUGCGUGCGGCGUGACAGCCUUUGAGACAGACGUACAGUUCAGUAAAGACGGAAUUCCCUUCUUGAUGCAUGACAGUGUCUUCCCUGGGUUCUUGCUCAGAACGACAGAUAUUAAAGACAAGUUCCCUGAAAAAGCCAACUCCAGCAACAGCACCAACUUCACCUGGGAGGAAUUACAGAGUCUGAAUGCAGGUGAUUGGUUCGUAAAGACAGAUCCUUUCCACUCAGUGUCCUAUCUCUCAGAAGAUGAGAUAGAAACAGCCAGGAAUCAGACGGUACCCUCCUUACGUCAGCUCCUCAACCUCGCCAUGGAGCACAACAUCUCAGUUAUAUUUGACCUAUAUAGUCCUAACAAAGAAAAUGAAACAGUCACAACCAUCUUGCGUUCUGGCAUUGACCAAAGCCGGGUCCUUUGGCUUCCUCAUGCAGAAAGAGACAAUGUAAAGAAGAUUGCUCCGGGUUUCAUCCAGGUCUAUCACAACAGUAAUAUGCUUAGCGUAAACAAGGGAAACUACCUGAAUGUGAAAUACAGCGAGCUAAAUAUGGCAGACAUCAGGGAAUAUCGAAGCAGUAACGUUACAGUGAACAUGUGGGUGGUUAAUGAGCGUUGGCUGUUCUCUCUGCUGUGGUGUUCAGGAGUCAGCUCUGUCACCACCAACUCCUGCCACAUCCUAAAAGAUAUGGACCGGCCUGACUGGGUCCUGGCGCUUCGGACUUACAAAAUAAUAUGGAUUACAGUGGACAUUGCAUCUAUUGUGAUAAUAACUGGAAUCUACAUCUUGCAGUGGGGCAAGAAACACAACUACACCGGACUGGAAAGAACUGGCUCCCUUUAUAUCCAGUAGGUAGUUGGCCCGACUGCAGCAGGAAACUCUUCUGCCCCAAAACUGACAAACAUCCUUGUCUGCACUGCCAGAAUGGUUUGGACCUAGAUAAGGAAGAAAGCACUGAAUAACCAUACACUGUAUAUUGAAGCCGUGAAAAUAAGAAUGUUCAUAAAAUGUGAAUCAAAUAUUGUCACUGUGCCACUGGAUGGCGUUUUUUUAGUUUUUUAUUCCAGUAUAAGUCUAGCUGGUUAACUGGGUUUAUCUUUCACCGGGUUUUGAUUAUUCUUCUGUUGCUGCUAAAAAUAUGAAGCUUUCCUCUGACUGUAUCAUUGCAGGGGUCUCCAACCUUUUUGAGUGAGAGCUAUCUAAAGGGCUACUCUGUAUACUUGACGAACAUACAUGUUUCAAUAGAAUAACAUAGCAGUGUGUGUAAUUUCACCUUUAGUGGUUUACAUAUACAAGGCUGAACCAAUCUGAUUUGGAAUUGCUGGAGUUAUUUUUUCUCUGGUUGCAUUAACACUGAAGCAUCUCAUGAGAAAUAUAGUGAUAUGAACUAUGAGUUUUUUGGCCACAAUAGAAAGCCUUUUUACACUUCCUUGUAAGUGGCACAGAAAAGAAAAAUACUUAAGAUUACAGAACAUGCUCUGUUGUCAGCUCAUAGGCUACUUGGAGACCCCUGUAUCGUUGCAACGUGCACUAUAGAUCUGCACUGGAUUUCCUCUUGACACUUGUUGUUCUUUUUCCGUUGUUUCUUUUUGUUACAAAACUUUUUUUUAAAUCACAGUGUCAUGAAAAGGGGAGUAUUUGAAUGAAAGAUGCACGGACACAAACUUUCCUCAGAUCAGGUGUGUAAAUGACUGAAGGGAGGAAGUGAGGUUCACCUUAACAUAGUUCAACAUCACCACUUCAGGAAAGAAUAGUAUUUACUGUAACCUGAGCCAAAAGCACAAUUGUAUACACUGUCACACUCUGUAUUUAAUCAGUACAUAUCAGUUCCUUGUUUCUUUAUGUAACAACAUAAACAAUAAAAAAAUAAAAAUAAUG